AUGUUUGAGAUGGGCAUUCACAGCUAUACUCAGCCUUCAACAAGUGUUUCAAGUGUGACGAGAAACAUCAAAGAUUAUGGGCUUACGAAGGAGUGUGAUUGUGGAGCUAAUGACAUCAUCGAUACUUCCCACUCGCCGAUGAUCCAAGAAGGAGGAGAUGGAGAUUGUCACAUUUGGAAGUGGUGGGACGAAGCAGUCAUAGAGGAGCUAACUCUCAUUGAUGGCAAUGUUGGUGAAAUGGCAGAGAAGAUGGAUUUCUUCACUUACUUGGAUGAUUUUUAUAUGGCUACUGGGGAAAUCAAGGAGCUGAAGAAUGAGACUACGAAGAAGAUCGCAAAGUUGGAAAUGGAGUUGGCCGAGAUGAAGAAAAAGCAAAGUGGCAUAAGAAUCGGCUUUGAGCUGCAAAUUGUGAUUGCUGCAGCCGUUGUUCUUCUCUUACUCAGCAUUCUUAUUUGUCUUAAACAUUCAAAGUUUAAGUAUGUUAACGGCUGUAGAUCCUUCAUUUUCAAGCUUGUAAGGAUUGGUAACUAA